CCUUUCUCUUUCCGGCUGUGUGCAGCUUCGGUUCGGGGCGACAACUCCAGACACAAAUGUCCCCGUUUCUACCGGGAGUUUACGGUCUAAACGGGUCCGAGCGGCGGCACCCGGUGGGCCGGUGAACCCGGAUGCCGCUCACGGUGCGGAACUCUGCCCGGAGGAGGAGAAAGACCCCGGAUAAGAAGCUCCCGGAGCGGCCGGAGGAGGCGACUUCUUCUGCUGCUGCAGCAGCUCGGGUGAUGGCGCCCAUGAGGAUGAAGCUGCGAGCGCGUCGCCGUGAUAAUGUCGCCGCAGAUGCGGCAGCAGAAGGUGACCAGCAGCAGCAGGAGGAGGAAGAGGAGGGGGGGCGGAGCCGAGGGAGUAGCAGGAGGAGGAAGACCGGCAACACCACGGCGGCCUCCACCACGGCCACGCCCGCCGCCUCCUGGUCUCCUCCUCCUCCAUCUUCGUCGGCUUCGGUGCGUGCGGCGAUGGCGGUGGCGGAGGAGGCGUCGCCCGACUCCAAAUGCCCGAUCUGCCUGGACCGCUUCAACAACCUGGCGUACCUGGACCGCUGCUUGCACCGCUUCUGCUUCCCGUGCAUCCAGGAGUGGUCGCACAACAAGGCCGAGUGUCCGCUCUGCAAGCAGCCUUUCGCCUCCAUCUUGCACUCGGUGCGUGCCGAGGACGACUUCAAGGAGUACACGCUGCGGCCGCCGCCCGCCAACAGCAGCGUGGCUGCUACCGUGGCCAUGGUGGCGGCCAUGGCGUCGGCGGCAAGGAGCGACCACCAGAUGAGGUUAAUGCUGAGGAGGCACAGGGGGGCUGACGGCGGGGAGGCAACGACGAGGAGGCGGAGGGGGGGGAGAGGAGGAGUUGGGGGGGGCAGGAGGUCAGGGGUGUGGGAGUGGUAUCUAGACACCCCUCCUCUCACGCUCCCUCCUCUUCCUCGCCAUCCCGCCGUUUCUCCUGUCGUCGCAGAGGACAGCGAGGAGGGGGAGGACCCGGGCGAACGGAGGACGAGAGGAGGGGCCGAUCUGACGGAGCGCGGCGUGAUAUUUGAGGGGCUGACGGGACUGGGCGGCGCGGUGGUGCCACAGCCGCCCAACGACCGGGCGUCGCGCCGGCUGAUGACUCGCCUGGCGGCGAGGCAGCGGCUCCAGCGAGAAGGCGGGACGGUGCGGCGGCUGAGGGAGAGAGAAACUGUGGCCUUCCGUCGCGCUCUCUACCGCAACGCCAUACGGGUCGCCGGGGUCGGCGGUAAUCACAGGCAGCAGCGUGACAUCACGGCAGAAAGCUUCCGCCGUAACCCCAGCCACCUGAACAGGCUCCGCCCCUGGCUGCGGCGGGAGCUCACGGUGCUGUACGGCGCCCACGGCUCGUUGGUCGACAUCGUUCAGCGCAUCAUCAUGGCGCGGGUCGCUCGCCAUGGCCUGGAGGACACGCCCACCAUAGAAGAAGAGCUGCGACAGUUCCUGUUGGCGCGCACCGACCACUUCCUGCACGAGCUGGUGAGCUUCGCCCGCUCGCCGCUCAGCCUGGAGAGCUACGACCUGCAGGCGACAUACGAGCCGCCAGAUGCCGCUAUGGAGCUGGACGGCACGAGCAGCUCCUCCGACAGCAGCUCCGUCAUCGCCAUAUCGGAGGGCGAGGAAGAGGAGGGGACGGCGGGAGGAAGAUCGGCGGAGAGGCUGCUGGCGAUGGCGUGCGGCACUCACGACGACGUCGUCCAAGCAGGAAGCUGCCUCAGCCUGGCGACCUGGGACGACGAGACUCCAGGCCCCUCCUACUCCACCGCAGACCCGUCGCGAUCGCUCGCCUCCCCGCAGUUUGGUCACGCCCCUCGGGAGGAGGCCAAUGAGGAAGAGGGAGGAGACAAGGAGGAGUGUCUGAUUGUGGGAUACAAGAAGCCGAUAGCGGAGCGGACUCCUGAGCUGGUGCAGCUCUCCUCCGACACUGAGGAGGAGGAGAGGAAGAAGACGACUGAGGAACUUCCUCGCCUCCACUCCGCCACCCCUCCCCUCUCUUACCUACCCACAAUCCCUCCCUCCACCUCGGGCGGCGAGCGGAACGACGAGCCGAAGGAGAAAGACGGCUCCUGGUCGGGCAGCUCUGGAGGGAACUCGGUAUGCGCGCUCAGCCCGGCGGCGCCCGGAAAGAGAGAGCAGCGCCCGGUGGGAGACGGGAAGUCUGGCGGCGAGAUGGCAAGAGAGGAAGAGGAGAAGAAGAAGAAAAAGAAAAAGAAGAGGAGGAGUAUGAGGAAGAGGAGGAGAGGGCAGGAGAGGAGCGGCACCCUGUACAACCCGAACCGCUCCAUUUAUCCCGCAAUGAUGCGCCACCGCUCGCACUCCUCCUCGCCGUUUCACUCCAGUGUCGGCUCGCCCGACUCCACCUGGGAGUACCACUGCGCCCAGGUGUCCCCUCUCACCUCCUCCGUCUCCUCACCCUCCCGUUGCUCCUCUUCUUCCUUCUCCUCUUCCUCCUCCCAACCACCGGCACCGAUACCUUCGCUCUCCCCCAACUGUCACCAUGGGGAGAAACCUGGUGGGAAGAGGAAGUACAAGAGCCGCCACCUGGACAGCGACGACAGGGACCCCAGCUGGAGGCCGAGCAGCCGGGAGAAGGAGGCGAGGAGGAGACUCGAGAGCAGAAGCCGGCGGGCAGACCGGAGCCCCAGCGUGGAGAUCAUCUACGAGGGCGUCGUCUCCCCGAACGCCGCGCAGACCCCGGCCCGCAAACGGCGCCGGAAACAACAGCGCGGGACUCGGCACAGCAGCUCUCCGGUCAUCAUCACCCUCGACAGCGACAGCAGCCUCGACGCCGCCAGCAGCAGCAGUCCAAUCAGCAGCCAGCAGACCGUCGACUUCUCAGACCUCCCUCCUCUCCCGUCGGUGCACUCGGACGGAGUGGGCGGAGCCCUGGGCGCGGAAAUCGGCGAGCUUCCCGUCGACAUCCUGGACCGGGGAUCGGAAGGGUCGGAGGUCGAGCCGGCGAGCCGUUCGGAGGUCGCGGGUCUGGUCGCCAUCGACGACGGCGACAACAGCGAACACGACGUGGACGUGGAAAACCUAGAGGAGAGCAGUUUGCUGCUGGAUGAUGAAGAUAAUGAUGAAGAUGGACCAAUGGGAGCUACUGCUGCUAAUCCGAGAGGCUCUCGGCCAAUAGGAGAGAAGAAUGCUGCCUCCACAAAUCCGAUCGAGGCUUUGUCCUCGGACAGCCGCCUCCUCGCGUCCAUCCUCGACGACCUGAAGGGAAUCGCCCCGCCGAAACGCACACCUGUGAACUUUGACCCCAGCUGGUCGACCGAGACGAGACCGGCAACCGGCGCCGCGGACCAGAAUCGGGGCUUCGACUCGCCGGCGUGUCGCUCCGCCGUCCGGCCGUCGCCUCUUGAGCGCCUGAAGGAGUCCAGCGGGAGAAAGGAGGUGAAGGACGUCCCUCCUCUCCUGAAGCAGGCGAGUCCCGUCAGGUCGUACAACAGACACACGCCGCCGCCGUUAAAGCACAAAGACGCCGGUAGUCCGCACCGGUCCCCCGUGGACUCGCCCCUCGUCGCUGUUGGUGUAAAUUCUCACGUUGAUCCCAAGUCAAACCCCAUUGACUCCCGUCCUGAAGAUCCCUCGUCAGUGCUGAAGAGACAUUUCACGAGAGGCGAUCCGGCCUCUACGAGCAGCAUCUCAGCCAAUGACGUACGUUCUUCCUGUCAUUUCGCCCCCUUUGACUCCCAUUCAGCUGCUCCUUCUGAAGUCCAAGCCGACGGCAUCAAUUCCACGAGUCACAAACCUUCCGCUGACGCCCGUUCUUCUUCUGGUUUGGAAAACAGUUUACAUCUGGAGUUCACUUCUUCUUCAAAGUUACAUUCCAGCCGUGAUAGCGGCAAGGAAAUCUCUUCUUCUGGUUUGAGAGCCUCCCCCGUUGACUUGCAUCCUGUGAAUUCUUUAUCUGCCAUUGAUUUCCAUUCAACCAAGACUGGCUGGUGCAAUGAGAAGCCUGCCGAUUCUACCUCCAGAGGUUGCAUGGGUGAGACUGACCGGACAAGUUCCUGUCUGGUAGCACCCGUUGACCUCCAUCCUACCAGCAGUGCUUCUGCUGAAGGCACACAGGCCGGUGGGGUUGUUUUCUCAGGAGUCGACCAUUACGACACGUCGCCUCCUGCUUUUGUUUCAUCCUUUGAUUUCAGGACUCCCUGCUCGCCCAUUGACUCCCACUCUUCCAGUAAGAGAGAGGGGCGCUUUAGAGGUAGUUCAGUGCCGACAGCAGCUCCCAGCGGCAGGUUGUCACCCAUUGACGUGCAUCCUAGUCCCAAAUCUACCGUUGACCUCCACUCUUCCAGCGCAGCUGCAGAAGAACUGACGGACAGCGAGGCUUCAUCGGUAAUCAAUCAUGGGGUCGGGUCGCCUCAUGCUCGCCUGCCACCCAUUGAUGUGCAUUGUCCAAGUCCUUUGCCACCUGUUAACCUCCAUUCUUCUAGCACCACGAUUGAUGGACACUUGAACCACACGUCCUCCGCUACCUUUGACUCCAAACUUCUCCAACUUCACAACCACUUUGAUCCCCGAUGCAACUCCCAGUUCCCCGUCGGCGACCGCUCGGAGUGCGGCGUCGCCACCGGCGACCGCUCGGAGUGCGGCGUCGCCACCGGCGACCGCUCGGAGUGCGGCGUCGCCGACCGCUUGGAGCACGGCGUCGCCGACCGCUCGGAGUGCGCGGUUGCCAUCGGCGACCGCUCGGAGUGUGUGGUUGCCGUCGGCGACCGCUCGGAGUGCGCCGCCCCCUUUGACUCUCGUCUAAAAGACUCUCGGAGAAACUUUCAGCUGCCGCUGGACGAUCGCAUCGCGUCUCCACCCGGAGAGAACCAGUGGAACACCAACCCCUCCAUUGACGCCCGCUCAGACUCUCAGUCGCCCAUUGACGAACACGUCUGGAACACACACACACACACGGCCACGUAGGACACACACACACACACACACGUAGGACACACACACACACACACACGUAGGACACACACACACAGACACACACGCGCCUGAAACAAAGAGAGAUUAAAUGUUUUGAGAGCUGAUUUUUUAAAGAUGAAUUGAGACCUUUUUCUGCUUGUUUUCAAAGUUCUUUGGUUCUGUUUGUACGUAAAGAACAAAGUUUAAAUAAUUAUUUUCACAUGUGACUUGUUUCUCUUUUUGUGGGGAUGGACACACAAAUGUGGACGGAUCAAUUUAAAUGUUCACCGCGACUGAUUGAAUUGGCACAUAAUCUGAUUUUGUUUCAAGUUCAAUGGUUAAAAUUAGUUUUCAAACUGCCACGUUUUGUUUAGCAAUUUAAAAAGUAAUUUUUACGUCUCAUGGUCUUAAUUUUUAUAUAAUUAUAAUUAUGAUGAUUAGUCAACGCUGGAGGUGAUUGAUAAGCCCCUGUCUGUCAAUCAAAUGAAGUCUGAAAUAAAACAGAAAUUCAAGUAAAAGUAA